AUAACCUUACAUGUGCACUAAUAUAGAUUAAUAAUCCUAAGUAAUUUUAUUUCUAUUCGUAUACUUACAAUUCUGUAAAUUUAUUACAACCGUGAAUAUGGCAGAUCGCGAAAACAAAAUCAUUGAUGUAAUGAAACAGUUAGGUUUUGAUCAUGGCUUUCACAUACCAGUGGCUAACGAAGAAAAUAAAUUACUCGAAAAAGAGGUUGAAGAAAUGCUUAAAAAAAAAGCAGAGUUAUUGAUGUUGGAUGAUUCAUUAGAUUAUGACAUCCGAGAAGGAAAAAAUAUUAUCACCAAUCUAUACAAUCAAGAGGCACAAAAUCAGAAUUUGAUCGUAACCUAUCGUCAACAAUACGAGACUGAAAGUCAUAUGUUACAAUUAGAACAAAAUAAUAAUGAAAAAAUUAAACAGGAAAAAAAAGAAGCUGAAAAACAGUUAAACGAAAUGAUUCAGAUGCUUAGUAAAUUAGAAAGUGAGAUGACAAAAACUGAAGAACUCAUAAUAAAAAAAAGAGAAACUAUCGAGUGGGGAGAAGAAACGCUUUUAGCAUGGAACAAUGACCUGGCCAAACGUGAUAUGGAUGUUAAUCUUCUUGAGGCUUAUCAUUUAGAAGAUGAUGACCGAUUCAAAGAAUUAGACUUACGGAGACAACAGCUUCAACGAGAAGUGAUUGAAAGAGAAGCAACAGUAGAAAAAGAAGUGAAUGAGUUACUUCAAGUAGAAAGAGAGCUGGAACAAACUGCUAAGCUAAAUAGACAAGCACAACAAGAAAGAAACCAUUUGCUGGAACAAUGGGAAAAUUCAGUUAAUUUUUGUACAUCUAACCAAAAAUAUACGCAAAAUAUUGUUGAAGAGAUCAAUAAAAUCAGAGAAGCGGCUCGAGAAAUUUAUAAUAAAAAGAAAGAAAAUGAACAGAAAUACCAAGAUUAUAAAGAGGAUAAUGAAGAACUGGAAUAUGAAAUUACCAAAAUAAAAAAAACUAAUGAUGAACUCAGACGAUUGAUACUAGCUAAACAAUCAGAAAAUGAAAACUUACAAUCAGAGGUAUUAACUGCUCAAAAAUCUCUGAAUGUUAUAUGUAAUAAAUUAUCCAAUGAACGCACAAAACGUAAGCAUAUGCAAAAUGAAUUAGUAAAAUUGAAAACUCAGAUACAAAAUAAGGAAGGAGACAUAGAAAAAAUUAAGAAUAACAUAUCAGAAUUAAAAAAUAGUUCGAUGACUAAAGAGGAAAGAAUAUGUGAAUUAAAUAAGAUUGCUGAAAAUCAACAAGUUAAAUCUGAACAACUCUUGAUUGAAAAAAAUAAAGUGAUAAAUAUGACAAAUAGUGUAAAAUAUGAAAUAAAACAGUUGCAAAGUAAAAUAGAUUUAUUAACAAAUAAUUUAGAUCAAAGUCGUACCAAACAAAGUGUAUUGAGUAAAGAAGAAUUUAAAUUAAAACAAUUAAUUAUGGACAAAAAAGAAGUCUUGUAUAACUUGAGCUUUCAAUUGGAAACAUUGCGCAUAAACUGUGCCAAAAUAAAAGGAUCAGUGAAUCUUGAAGAAAUGCAUGAUUUUCAAGAAAAGUUGAAAACGCGCAAGGAAGAAUUAUAUCGAAUCGAAGAAAAUCAGCGUCAGUUAGUAAACCAGUUAAAAUCUGUUGAAAGAGAAACCAAGCGCAUAACGAAAGAUAUCGAAAAAAAUACAAUGGAGUUAAAAACAACUCAAAAUCGGGUUGAAGAGUUAUUUAUUCGUAAUGCAGGAGACGAAAAAGAAAUUCAGUCGUUGAAAGAAAAAAACCAUCGCUAUCACAUGGAAGAAAUGAUGAUGAAACUCAGAAUGGAACAAAUAAAGAAGUUGACAGAAAACGAAUGCAAAAAAGUGUAUACAAUAGCUCAACAAAGAGAUGAAAUUACUUGGGGCAUAAACAAAAGAAAAGCCGAAUUGGCAAGCUUUUACGAACAAAUGAAAGCGGAGAAAAAAAUAUUGCUAGAGGAGAUGUCAUCGGCGAAACGUAAUUUGGAUGCUUUGGUCCAGCACAUCGAACAACGACGAAACAAGUAUCAGAUAUUAUUGACGUCAGUUGGAAUGACAGAUGAUGACAAAGACGACUGCGAAUAUGACGAUGAUCAGUCGUUUUUCACGAUUAGCGAGCAUCGGAUAAGAGUACUACAAGAGAAACUCGAACUACAGGACAUAGGCGACACGUUGGACGAGAGCGUACAGAAUCUGGAAUCCGAGAUCAGGGCCAUGGAGAACACGUUGCACGUAAUGAGUGCCUCCAAUAGCUGUUACAAAGCCAACUUGUCUUCCGUGAACCCAGCAAGUGACGAGUACAAAGAAAAGAUCGUUCUUGAAGAGACGAUAGAAGAACUCAACGGUUUGUGGUUGCAAAAGAAGAAAACUGUUGAAAAUACCAAAAAUAAAAUAAAAGAUUUAGAAGAUCAGUAUAAAACGAAAAAUGAAGAGUUAGAAAGUUUAAUUAAUCUUCGGGACAUUUAUAAAUGCGAUCUCGAACGUGUGCUCAAAGAGGCUGAUGAGCAAACGAAUAAAUUUAAUCGAGUGAAUAGCCGAAUUCAGUUUGAAAUGAAAAAAAUUGAUAAGAAAUGUGAUCCAGAUAAACGAAAUACGCUCGAGUUAAUUAAACGGGACAUCGUGGUCAGGAUGUUAAAAAAAAUGAACAAAUGUGUUUUGGAACAAAUGUCAGAAAUGUCUGUACGACAUAUCGGAGUCGAACCGACCGUGAAACAGUACUUGUCAGAAAAGGGCUUGGAAUUACCCACCGUGUCAGGUCUGAUGCUAAACAAAAUAAAAUCUAGUUGCGGUUCGAGUGCCAUGUCCUUAAUCAGCAGUAAUAGCAGCAUAAAAAGCAAUUCGGACGAAGACAGAAAGAGUUUGUAUUCUGUGAUCAAUUUGGAGCCUUCGCCUAGAGGUUACCUCCGGAAAUCCGAUGCUUCAAUUGCUAAUAAAACAUAAAAGGUAUAGUUGGAUCCAUUGGACUACAUAUAAAGAGAACGUUAAGAUAAAAUAUCAUACACACUUUAAUACAAAAUCACCAUGAAAUGGGAAUGUCGACUUUUGUUUUAUGGAAAAUUAGUAACCAAUUAGUAAUAAUUUGUUUUAUAGAAUUUGUAAUUUUUAAUCAAAAAUGUAACAAAAAUGAACAAUGUUUCUGUGUUCAGGUUGCUGGGCUUAUGUCAGCACAGUACCUGAAUAAAAUUUUCUACUUUAUUUUAUCAAAAAUAAGUGACCAAUUUGUAAUAAACAUUUUAAUUGUUAA